AUGGUCCCGUCCGACUAUCCGGUUGAAAUUCAGAACGACUGGGUAACGAGAGAAAAUAGUGAAACUAUAUGCACAAGUUUAAAAACAGUAGUUGAAUUUUUAAAUAGAUUCCAUUCAUCUUGUCGUUUGAAACUGGCUGAGAUGGAUAACAGACUAAAAAUUCUUGAAAAGAAAAUUGAACGUUUAGACGCAAUAAGCAAAGGAGUGCCAAAUCCAUUACCGUGUCAGCCAGCUGUCAUCACCAUUUAG